UCACCUCUCUGCUAUAGCCAGUAGACUUGGCAUCUGGCCAACAAACGCCGCGCCGCUCCUAAGGAUGCCCUUAAAUUGCCCUCUCCCUCUCUCCUUCUUCACUCCCGAUUUUAUUUUUUGUUAUCACCUGCGAUAUCCCUCUCUGCUAUAACCAAUAGACUUGGCAUUUGGCCAACAAACAACGCGCCCUUCUAUGAAUGCCCUUAAAUUGCCCUUUCCUUUCUCUCCAUCUUCCCUACCGAUUCUCUCCAACUUCCCUCCCGAUUUUUUUUUCAGACAUAUGAUUUUGGCAUUCAUAUGGCAGUCAAAGCGCGCAUGCCUAUUUAAUUUCUAUCGCUCCCAAAUUCAAUAA